ACAAUUCACAGAGCACUAGUAAAGACCUCCAUCUGGGUGCGAGACUGCGGGGAGUUGAACAUAUAAAUCCUGUACAAAGAGAAAGAAGAAAAAGAAGGAAAAUGAUUCCUCUGUACUGGAGCCUCCUGCUCUUUAUUCUACUGAAAUAUAUUUCAUGUUAUAAUGAAUGUGGCCCCAGGAUAAAUGUGAGUGGAGCAGAAGGGGGAGGAGCCAGUCUACCAGUGAAGCUGCAGGAGGAGGUAAAAGACAUCGCUUGGAUUAGAAGUGACAAUCAUUUUGCUACAACAAAACCCAAUGGACAAAUUACUAUCCGUUCUGGUCAGUUUAGGGGGAGACUGCGCAGUGAGACAGACGCCUCCUUGAUCAUCGCUGAUCUGACCAAUCAGGACCAGGGAAUCUACUCAGCAAAUGUUCUAUACAAAUCACAUUCACUGUGUAAUCAACUGUAUGAUCUUCAAGUCUAUAAUAACACAGCACAUUCUGUUGGAAAUUACACCCAUCAGAACAUAAUACGUCUUGGUUUGGCCUCAGUAAUACUGAUUAUUACUUCAUAUCUGAUCAUCCAACACUUUCAUGCCAUGAAAAGAGAAAAUGCCUUAAGUGUUUAUAUAUAUAAAAAGAAGGUUUGUUUUGUAUACCCUAAUCAAAUUUGAAUUCACUUUCUAGAGCAGGGGUGUCCAAACUACGGCCCGCGGGCCAAAUGCGGCCCGAUAUCCAUUUUAUAUUGGCCCGCAGCCUGCAAAAAUCCCUCCCCCCUCUCAGCAUCUACAAGAAAAAAAAAAGUUUCCUACCAUGUGUCAUUGGGGGGCAGAACCUGCAGUGCUUCAGUGUAGACUGGAGGACGCUUGUCCUAAACUCCGCCCUCCCCUCCCCGUGACAGGAGUUAAGUGUAGUGCGGGGAGGGAGGGGGGCAGUAAACAACUGAAAGCAUGGCUCCAUUCCCCUUCUACACUGCUGCCUAACCUGGCCUGGAUUUCGUGCAUCGGAUGAAUUGAAUCCAGGAUUGGGAGACGGUAAUCAUGACAGGAGAUCCACGACAAGGGAUUCGAGAUCACGGAGUCGCCAACAUAUGCGUUCUGCAAACAGGAAAUGGAACAGGCCAUAGCCGGCAGGGCGACGGCACAGCAGGAGGGUGCCUUACGCGGGUCAGGCGAUAUUUCAUGUAACAAUACAUGUGGCCCCAGGAUAAAUGUGAGUGGAGCAGAAGGGGGAGGAGCCAGUCUACCAGUGAGGAUACAGGGGCAGAUAAAGGACAUUACUUGGAUUAUAAAUGACAGUGGGAGAGUGAAUCAUUUUGCUACAACAAAACCCAAUGAGACUGUUGAUAUCCGGGAUAAUCAGUAUGAGGGGAGACUGCGUAGUGAGACAGACGCCUCCUUAACCCUCACUGAUCUGACCAAUCAGGACCAGGGAAUCUACGCAGCAAGUAUCCGUCUGCGAUCAAAUCAACUCUGUGACCAACUGUAUCAUCUCCAAGUCUAUAAAAAUCUAUCCACAGAAGAUAUCCAGAUUCAUGCAAAUAUCACCCACAAUGAGACCUGUGAUGUAACACUCACCUUGUCCUGUGCUGUGAUUGGAUCAGAUGUGACUGUCACCUGGAAUAACACAAACAGCCCUGGUACAGAAGUGACCAAUCACACGCUCCGUGUCUAUAAUGCUUAUUCUGAUGUCACAUACACUUGUACCGCCCGGAAUCCAGUCAGCAAAGCUUCCAGAACUGCACAUAUUCCUGUCACUUGUAAUCGAGCUUCAAUAGCAGGAAAUAUAUUCCCAUGGUGGAUCGCUCUGAUUUUAGUUCUGAUUUUAGCAGCAGUUGGGAUUCCUUCGGCUGUUUUUUAUUACCUAUUUAAAAGGAAGAAGAAGGAUCAGCAUAUUGUACAAGUAAUCAAAGGACAGACUAUCUAUGCUCAGGUCCAGAAACGAAAAAGAGAGACUGUAUCUGGUCCAGGCACAGAAGAAGCAACAGCUGACAGUUCAGUAACUGUGUAUAGUGAAGUUCAACUACCGAAGGGAGGCAAAGCUACAAAUGAAAAGUCCACACAAGAAAAAGCAGAGACUGUGUAUAGUGAGGUGAAUCAACCAGUUCAGGGCAAUGGAGCUGGAAUUCGGAAGGAAAACACAUAUACCGAGGACCAGACCGUUGAAUCAUGUUAUGAUUCGGUGAAGAACAUCCAGGCAGCCAAUAAUACAAUGGACCCAUUAAGCAAUGUGAAGAACAUCCUAUGACCAAGUGAUGUAAAGUCUCCCUUGAUAUGGAUGCUCGGGAUGGAAGAGUGGGAAUCCUUCCCCUACACGUAGGUGGUGGGAGAAUAAUGAAGAUUAAGGGAAGUUUGGCUUCAAACUCCAGCUGGGGCAUUAGACUCAAAGUGGCAACAGAACCUGGGGCUAAAUUGCUUCUCUAAGGCAACUAAAUACUGUGAUACAGCAGAGAUGGUUUUCUAUUCUCUUGCUGCUGACAUAGUCAGAAUUUUAUUUAUAGGUUUUUAUACAUUUCAAUUUGUACCAAGAAGUAUUUUGUUCUUUGUCUAUGAGAUAAUUUUUACUGAAGGACCCAACAUGUUGUCCAACAACGUUAUCCAUUAAAGACCCUGUCAUCCACCUUUUUCUUGGCUUCCAUUUUGGAUCUGUUCCAUUUUGGAUCUGUUCAACUGACCAAGUGAUGUAAAGUCUCUCAUGAUACUGAUGGAAGAGUGGGAAUCCUUCCCCCACACGUAGGUGGAGAAUAAUGACGUUUGGCCCCUCUGAGAAAAAGAUCAAACUCCAGCUGGGGCAUUAGACUGAAAGUGACAACAGACCCUGGGGCUAAAUGGCUUCCCUAAAACAAACGUUCAGUACUAUGAUACAGCAGAGAUAUUUUUCUAUUCUCUUGCUACUAUUUCUUAGCCAAAAUUUUAUUUAUAGGUUUUUAUACAUUUCAAUUUGUACCAAGAAGUAUUAUGUUCUUUGCCUGUAAGAUCAUUUUUACUGAAGGACCCAACUUGUUGUCCAACAACGUUAGACCAGCACAAACUACCAGUAAAAAGGAAAGACCCUGUCAUCCACCUUUUUCUUGGCUUCCAUUUUGGAUUUUUUCAAGUGAAUAUACAAGGCCAUAUUCUCCCCGACCCUUCUACUGGGAUGUCUGAGCCCUCUAGACUCAAACCAGAGAUGACAUCUACUGAGCAUGCUCUCUACUGGAGUCAUCCAGAAGGUGAAGAAGUGGAUAUUCAGAGUUUAUGUGACUCUACUGGAAUAAUACAAUGACUUGGACCAGGUGUUGCAAGGAUCGUUUGUUGAAUGGUGCAUUGUAUUGCUGGGGAAAAGGAUUGUUACCUUUGAGUAUUUCAGAAGAGAGAGUUGCCAUACUCUCCCAGCCUACUCAUGGCACAUUCAUGACAUCAGGUACAGCUUUGAGGUGAGAUGGAUCACAUGGAGGUACAACUGCCCAACAUAUUAAAUCAUGUGUGAUCUGAUUGAAUUCAGGGAAGCUCUUUGGAAAUGAUCUUGUACCCAAAGAACAAGUGUUGUAGUAAUACAACCCUCAGUCAUGGAGCAGGACAGGAUGGCUACUAACAGUGAUAUAAAAUAACAGAACCAUAAUUAUGACAGUAUUAAUGUAACAGACAAUCUGUUCAGAACACAAUGAUUUCAGGGAUUGUUAAUCUUUAUUAUGAUAAACAUUGAUAUUCUGAAAUAAUUUGCAGCUGGCCUUCCUUAAUUAUAUUUCGAAUUUUUCUUAA